GGCCAUACCAAUCCUGGUGGCCUAUUGGAGCAGAUUAGUGAUGAGUUCGACAAGGUCGCACAUGUGGAUAUGAGCCGAGCAAUAGGCUCCUAUUGUAGUCACGAGAGUCUGGCUAUAUACAGCAAAUGUUCAUAAUUGGGCGACGCGGUGUAGUUGAUGAGACUACGUUGAGUCACAGCUCCCAUAUAUUGACCCCAUAUAUCUACAACUGUCCCACCUCUUCUAUUACAAUUGCACAAGUAACUGUUCUCACCUAUUAACGGCUCAACUUUGCAGACAGCACAAUCUCCCUCCAGAGCGUAUCAUAUAAUUAGGUCGUACUGCCUAUUCUACGAUGGCCAAAGUCUUGGUAGACAAACAGCAACAUGCCCUUGACACUGGGAAACAAACUGUGCCCAUAGCCCUAUGUUCCACUCAAUCAAAGCUGGAAAGGGACACUAGGGAGCUUCUAGGCCACAUUACUGCAUUGGGUAUGCGUACACCCAAGUUCAAACUGAGGUUUACAGUGAGACUUUCAUCUUUUACCAGAUACAAGACAACUAUGACCUGCCUAGGUUAUCUGGGAUUGAGUAGAACCUUGGAUGAGAUACAGACACUGGGCUCUGAGCACCAGCCCUACCACAGCUUUAUGUCCGAGGUACAAGCACCCUGUGUUUAUUAUCUGGAGAAGGGGAGAUGUGACGUCAAUGAGCCUCAAACUCCGUUCGGCUCAGGGUUUAUCUGCCCCAGAACAAUGGCCAACGGAGACUUCGAUUUAGCUAUCACCUUAAGCGUCGAUCAAGAUCUCACACAUCACACCAACAUUGAGGUGAACAACAACUGCUCGGAAGAUCUCAAGGAGGCCUUGAAAACGGGCACCCCAGGGGAUAUUUGUAAGGUGUUGAGGCCUAUGGAGAAGGUUGUCUAUUAUGUGCUGUUCAACACCUUGAAUGAGAUCUUGCAAGGACUGGAGUGAAGAGUACAGCGUCUACCCAACCAUAAGGCAUAUACCUAACAGUAACUAAGUUAAUAUCAAUGCAACUGUGGUGAGUCCCAGCUCAGUCAGUACAUGUGAUAUACUAUGUCGAAAGCAAGAGGGGUUUACGGCACUUUCUCUGUAGAUUAUGUAGUGAUUAGAGGGGGUAAACAGGACCUCAACUCUCAUGGUCUGUUUAUGAAUGACACUGUGAUGGAUAAAGACUUUAACUACGACCUCUUAGUAGACCUGGACUCCUCGUUUAGGGGAGAGUACAGCUCUAUUCUGGACCAAGAGCUGCUUGUCAAUGAAUACACCCGGUACAUAACCAAUAAGCUGAGGUGCUUCCAAAGACAAUCGCAGCUCGAGCAACGCCGCGUACUGUUCGUGUCUUCCAGUUACAUACCCAGACCCUUGAUUGGGAUCACAGGGGCUAGGACUGAGAUGAUAUCCAUUUUUUUCAACUGUUUCAACAAAGUGUAUGUGGUGAACGGGGAGUCGCUGUGCAACCAGGAGUUUGUGGACAAGUGGAGUACGGCAACCCAGCUCCCUGGAUAUCUGCUGGAAGCUGAUGCUGUUCUGGACAGUUACACACCUUUGCCGUUGAGCGAGGCAACACGUUUAUCACUCUUUUCAGGUGAGCAGGAGGAGGAUAUUCAAUUGGAUACGUAUCUCCUGUACACAGAGGACCAUAUCACCUAUAUCAAAAUGUCUCAGUAUGUCAUGCGUCUUAAGCUACAGUGGAGAUCUAAGGCUGGAGUGUUCGACAGGAAGCCUAACUGUCACUACGUGAUACAGCCAUGCGGUGAAAUUGUCUUUAUCCGUGAAUUCCACUCCUUGAAAAGUGUGUUUCUCCUUAACAAACUGAUUUCCUUGUUAGCGUAUAUAUUUUGAUCCUGGUUCUAAAGGCUAUGCUGUAUAUACAUGUGGGUCUAUGUCAAUUAUUACAAUCUGUACAGUGUUGUGUAAUAAACAGUGACACCUGGUGUAUGUGACUUGUAUUGCGUUUCACACUCAACACUUUGCCAAGGACCAUCAUUUCCAGACCCUGGAACAGGACCUGAUCAUGUGUCCCCAUACAUUGGUCGGAUACACGGGGUAACCACUCGCCUCUACACAGCCAGAGCUACAAUGUCAUUAGUCUGCAGUGACAGAGAUACGGUUAAGAUCUCUCCAACCCAUGUAGGGGCCAUGUACGUAUCCUUGUCAGUUGUAUGUAGCUGGACCACACCCCUGAUACACUUAACAUUGGGUAGGUGGAAUCAGUCAUGGUUGGCUGAUACAGCAAUGUAUGGGGAAGGGGAUGGUUUCAGCUUAUAUAAAAGGGCUCAACUGCUCCUGCAGGUCCCAUUCAUAGGCUGCGCUCCCUGUGAACACAGUCAAGAUUCCACACUGUCUAACACUUGGCACUGUCUAAGACUCACUAUGGCAAUGUACAUUACAACAAUGUGUCUGCUGCUCACUGCAGCAAGUACAGUUGAGUGUUGCGUGUUGACAAGGGCGACAGGUCUUACAGAUCAGAGACCUGAACCAUUCUCCAUUGUAGCUACAAUGGGAAACACUGUCAAGUUACCGGGAUACUUGGCAAACAGCACUGAGCCUUUCUAUAAGGACAAUAACGUUGUGUAUGCUACUGAACACAUAUAUGAUCUCAUGCUCACCCCAGUGGGAUCCCAAGUUAGCAUUCGUUUCCUCACGUGCACCGACGAAGGCACCUACAGGAUAGGGAGUGUGACCUUCAAUCUGAGUGCGAAAGCGGACACGUGCGCUAUGUUCUACUAUACUGCCAAAGUUGACAAGGUUAAGAAGGCCGCCUUGGUUAAGCCACUGAAUGGUGUCAUUAGAAUCUCUAUGCUCUACAUAGAACCCGAAAAUAGCCAGUUGUGGAGUUUAAUUGAAGUAUGGAAUGACACUAUGACCAGAAUGAUAAGCCCAGACCAUUGCUGUUUCAUGAUCGAUGCAGGCACCACCUUUGGGGGAUAUGGCGAUAAACAAUACCAUUAUUUUAUGUAUCAGAGACAAGGGCAAGCUGCCAGCUCCUGCUCCAAUGUCCAUCUAGCAGCCUCCGCAGGUGCCAGCGUUACAACAACUCGAAUAAACCCAAUGUUGACAAUGACAGAUCUGAAGGAGUUGGAGGAUGUGAAGACACAGGUGAAACUGUUCAACGUCAGCGACGGUAUACGGGACCUGAAGAGGAUGAUAGACGAAUUGGAAAAGUCUUGGAAGUCUGCGGGACCUAGCCUGGAAACACACAUCCUGACACCACUGUUCAUUGCAAUGACAAUACUGAUGAUGUCUAUUUAGUCAUGAACCGAUUACAUGUGUGGCCUAUGGAGUGUCUAUAUAACUCGGGUCUCUCUGUUGAGUGUGUGUCA